CUCCCCAAACGGCUGCACCCUCCGUGUCCCUCCCGACCCCACCCUUCAUUCCACAGCGCUACGGACCGAUCAUGGGUGACUGGAGCUUUCUGGGUAAUAUUUUAGAGGAAGUCAACGAGCACUCUACGGUAAUCGGCCGGGUGUGGCUCACGGUGCUCUUCAUCUUCCGCAUCCUCAUCCUGGGCACGGCGGCGGAGUUUGUGUGGGGCGACGAGCAGUCUGACUAUGUCUGCAACACGCAGCAGCCCGGGUGUGAGAACGUGUGCUACGACGAGGCCUUCCCCAUCUCCCACAUCCGCCUCUGGGUGCUGCAGAUCAUUUUUGUGUCCACGCCGUCUCUGGUGUACGUGGGCCACGCUGUGCACCACGUCCACAUGGAGGAGAAACGUAAAGAGCGUGAGGAGGCUGAACUUAGCCGACAGCAGGAACUGAGUGAGGAGCGCCUCCCUCUGGCACCUGACCAGGGAAGCGUUCGCACCACGAAGGAGACCAGCACCAAAGGAAGCAAGAAGUUUCGGCUGGAGGGCACCCUGCUGAGGACCUACAUUUGCCACAUCAUCUUCAAAACACUGUUUGAGGUGGGUUUUGUGGUGGGCCAGUAUUUUCUGUAUGGCUUCCGCAUCCUGCCACUGUAUAAAUGCAGCCGUUGGCCCUGCCCCAACACCGUAGACUGCUUUGUGUCUCGCCCAACAGAGAAGACGGUCUUCAUCAUCUUCAUGUUGGCCGUGGCCUGCGUCUCACUCUUUCUCAACUUUGUAGAGAUCAGCCACUUAGGCCUGAAGAAAAUUCGGUUUGUGUUUCGUAAGCCGGCCCCAGCUCCGGCCCCGUCUCAAGGUGAAGGGUCAUCUUCUCUACCUGGGAAGAGUCUGCCCCCGCUGGCUGUCCCCGGCCUACAGAGGGCAAAGGGCUACAGGUUGUUGGAGGAGGAAAAAGCCCCCCCUGUUUCUCACCUCUACCCUAUGGCCGAAGUUGGCAUGGAGGCUGGCAGAGGGACCCCGCCCUUUCAGGGGCUGGAGGAGAAGGUAGAGGAGGUGCUGCCUAUGAAGGACAUAUCUAAAGUGUAUGAUGAGACUCUGCCUUCCUACACCCAGACUACUGAGACAGUGGGGGUGACAUUAAUAGAGGAGGAAGCUGAGGAGGCACCUCCACCAGAAGUGGAUGCAGGGAGGGUGGAUGAAGGCGUGGAUGAAGACGCAGAGGUAGAGGAAGCUGUGAACGAGAAGGCGGUCCCUCCAGCAGAAGCAGGGGUGGAGGCCGCCGAGACGAUAGAAGACACCAGACCACUGAGCCGACUGAGCAAAGCGAGCAGCAGGGCCAGGUCAGACGACCUCACCAUAUGAACCUGUGAGAAAAAAAUCACGCCUUCCCACAGAAAAUAAGAAAGCACACACAACUAACUCUAAACACACCUGUGAGCAAGCAAAAGAAGUGGAUCUAAAAAACAAACAAACAACAGAGAUAGAACAAAAAAGCUUUAAGACACAAUUCUGAGAAGCAAAAAAUAAAAUAAAAUAAAAAUCAGAGUUUGUGGAAAAACAUUAAACAUAAAAAAGCAGAUCUUAAAGAGGAAAGGAGUCAUUUUAUUAAGUGUGUUUUUAUAUUUAAAAACAGCUGCAGGAGACACAUGUGGAUUGGGGGGGGGGGUGUUUUUACUUGAUGAACAUCUUUUGUUAAAUUUUUAGUUAUCUUUUCUAAUGAAAGAGAUAUUUUACGACAGAGGGAUAGACACUUUACACAAGGUUUGAGUAGAAGAGAGUUGUGCUGCAAACAGCAUGUGGCCUUCCCUUGUAUAGGAAACACUGCUGGUUAUUCUAUCCACAUGCAGCUCUUAGAAAAAAAGUCUGUUUUCAGGUUGGGAGGAGCGUACC